GCUUUGGUGGUCUUCUCUCUCUUUAGUACAGGGUUGCUGGGCAUACCCACCCUCUGCUCCCUCUUCCUCUCCGUAGUUUGGAGAUUUUCUGUAAGCGCAUUAGGCGAACGUCUUGGGAGAUUUUCUUGAGGAGCUCCUGUGCAGAAGAUUUUGAGUACAUAGUGGAAGAGUUCUAGUUUGGAGCAGUCCAUCGUGUGGCGCUUCUGAUCGGGGUCUCUGCCAGGCGUUUGCUGUGCGGGAGGUAUCGAGCCUUGAUUAGUGUGUACAAGUAGAUUAACGGUGUUUGAGAUAGCUGGCAUCUGAUUAAUUCUCGAAUUCGUGUGUGUUUGCCCGAGCGUUCCAGUCAGCGUAUCAGUAGUAAUUUUACGGACAUGGAGCACCAUUUGGACCUGACAGUCACUUGAGUUCCUCUCGACGCAUUUGAGCUCCGUUUGGUAUCACCUUUGUUUCUUGCCUGGUAGUUGGAGCGGCACCAUGAAUGCUUCCAAACUCCUCAAGGCUGUUCUACGGCCGCGGUCCAUUCAGACCAAUAGUGGCAGGGGGCCCGCUGUUUCAGAUGGACCGUCUCCAAGACGAUCGUUGUCUCCUGACAGCCGUCUACCCAAGGAUUUUACAUCGAAGAGGUCAUCUUCACCUGCGAAGAUGACGUGCAUGUGCUCCCCGACAAAUCAUCCUGGAUCUUUCCGUUGCAGGUUUCAUCGUGCCCGAAAGCAGAGUGAAGUCGUUGCAUUGCCAACUUCUCCCAGAAGGAAGUCUUCAGUGAGGGAUUCUGACAUUCUCAGUGAGGUGAAUCGCACGCUUCCUGGCAUGCUUCCUACGACCUGCAGGACUACCCCUGUCCGUUGCAGCAGACUGAAGAACAUGAGCUUCGGAAGCGGUCUUGAAGAAGAGGAAUCUGUUGCUCUCUCCUUUCAAAGAGAGUAUAUGGGGGAUAUAGAGGGUUCAAUGCUCAAAGGAUUCACCGCAUCAGCUCAUCACAAGUCAAAUCGUUCGCCUCCACGAACCGACAACAAUCUUUCAAGGGAGCUUCCCACUAUUUUUUGUCAGAGUACUUCGAAGAAGGCUUUGGAAGCUUUCGACCGCAACAUGACGAGGAUGUAUCUGUGAAUAAUCAUACGUGUAGAUGUUCAUUUUGUAAUAUGUUAUUGAAAUUUUGUAUAACGAGUUAGCUACUAGUGCCCAUCGCCCUGGUGCGAUACUAAAACGGUGAAGUCCAUAAGCGUUUCAUGGGAGGAACAUGGCACUAAGCGGGGAAUUGUAUAGGUUGAAGAGAGGGUUCGGAAAACAGGCGGUAUUAGAACCUUAAGUCCAGGAAUCGACGUAUUUGUAGAAGGUUGCCUUGGACCAUACACUGAGUUUAUCUAUAUCUGGUAAGGACGAGUAGUUUCUUUGUGUGCACGUACGAGAGCAUUAUACAUCGUUGAGCAUUUCUUUGCUCUUCUGCAUCCCAAACGUGCCCAGUACUGUGUUCCGUGGCACACACGCCGACUCUUGUUGGCCGUAACUUGUUAUGUUGCCUUGCAGAUUGACUGUUA